UAACGCCCUGCAGAUACCACAACCUGACAGCUGAAUGCUACCAGCCCGCUGCUUUCCAGGAAAGAAAGAAAAAAAAAAGAAAGAAAGAAAACGCUGGGCACCCACCAGCCCUGGCGCGGGACGCCCAGCAGAGUCCAGCCCCGCCAUCCCCUCCGGGUUUCGACCCCCAAAGCCAAAAGUUAGCGUUUAACCUGAGGCAGGCAGGGGAGCGCAGGCUCCCUCCCGGAGCGGCGCAGGAAGGGGAGGAUGAGGCAGAACCGGGCUGCACCUGCCGGGGCUGCGCCUUGCACAGCACGGGCAGGCAGAGCUCCGAGCGCCCCGAGGGCUCCGGCAGGAUGAGUGCCGGCAAGGACAGGGACAGGAGCAGGGGGCAGGACACGUCCAGAGGCAGGACAGCAACGCAGUGAGACCAGGCAGAGCUGCCCCAGGCGAGGAUGAACAAACAGAGCCAGCCCGAGCGCAAAGUGUCGGUGGUGGCCCCCUUGGCGGAGCGGCCGGGGCCGCGGAAGGACGUGGAGCUGCUGCUGGUGAAGGAGCACAACGGGGUGCAGUACACGGCCAGCACCAUCCUGCCCGCCGCCCCCCGCUACGGCGGCCCGGAGCGGGAGACGUGGGGCAAGAAGAUCGAUUUCCUCCUCUCCGUCAUCGGCUUCGCCGUGGACCUGGCCAACGUCUGGAGGUUCCCCUACCUCUGCUACAAAAAUGGAGGGGGUGCUUUCCUUAUUCCUUACAUCCUCUUCCUAAUCAUUGCUGGGAUGCCCCUUUUCUAUAUGGAAUUAGCCCUGGGACAGUACAACCGAGAAGGAGCUGCCACCGUGUGGAAAAUCUGCCCAGUGUUCAAAGGUGUAGGCUAUGCAGUGAUACUCAUAGCUCUUUACGUGGGUUUCUACUACAACGUUAUCAUAGCUUGGUCUCUGUAUUAUCUAUUUUCAUCAUUCACAUUUGAGCUCCCCUGGACGAACUGCGACAACAGUUGGAACAGCCCAAACUGUACAGAUCCCAAACUCUUCAAUGCAUCAGUGCUUGGCAAUGGCACCAAAUACUCAAAGUACAAGCUCACUCCUGCUGCUGAAUUUUAUGAGCGAGGAGUUCUGCACCUGCAUGAAAGCCGUGGAAUCCAUGACCUUGGCUUGCCUCGCUGGCAACUUUCCCUUUGCCUCUUGGUGGUGGUAAUCAUUCUUUUCUUUAGUCUGUGGAAAGGCGUGAAGACUUCAGGAAAGGUUGUGUGGAUAACAGCCACUUUGCCUUACGUUGUAUUAUUUGUCUUGCUAAUACACGGAAUAACCCUGCCCGGUGCGUACAACGGAAUAAAUGCAUACCUGCACAUAGAUUUCAGAAGAUUAAAAGAAGCCACAGUAUGGAUUGAUGCAGCUACUCAGAUAUUUUACUCCUUAGGAGCUGGGUUUGGCGUUUUAAUUGCGUUUGCCAGUUACAAUAAGUUUGACAACAACUGCUACAGGGAUGCUUUGCUGACUAGUACUAUUAACUGUGUCACAAGCUUCAUCUCAGGAUUUGCAAUUUUCUCCAUAUUGGGCUACAUGGCUCAUGAGCACAAAGUUAAAAUUGAGGAUGUAGCCACUGAAGGAGCUGGUUUAGUCUUCAUCCUCUAUCCAGAGGCAAUUUCAACUCUUUCAGGAUCUACGUUUUGGGCUGUGGUAUUCUUCAUCAUGCUCCUUACCCUUGGCAUCGACAGUUCUAUGGGCGGAAUGGAGGCUGUCAUCACUGGCUUGGCGGAUGACUUCCAAAUUCUGAAGCAGCACAGAAAGCUCUUCACCUUUGGCGUGUCGUUUGGCACUUUCCUACUUGCCCUUUUUUGCAUUACCAAUGGUGGAAUUUACGUGCUCACACUGCUGGACACAUUUGCAGCUGGGACGUCCAUACUGUUUGCUGUUUUAAUGGAGGCAAUUGGAGUUUCCUGGUUUUAUGGUGUGGACAGAUUCAGUGAAGAUAUCCAACAAAUGAUGGGCUUCAAGCCAGGCCUCUACUGGAGAUUGUGCUGGAAAUUCGUUAGCCCUGCUUUUCUAUUGUUUGUUGUGAUAGUCAGCAUUAUAAAUUUCAAACCUCUGACCUAUGAUGACUACACCUUCCCUCUCUGGGCAAAUCGCAUUGGCUGGGGAAUAGCGUUAUCUUCCAUGAUACUCGUGCCUGCCUAUAUUAUCUAUAAAUUUAUGAAUGUUCGUGGGACCUUUAAAGAAAGACUAGCUUACUGCAUCACACCUGAAAACGAACACCAACUCGUGGCCCAAGGAAAUGUCAGGCAGUUUAAGCUUCAACACUGGCUAACAAUAUGACAACCGACAGGUUGAGGAAAAAGCCAAUAAGUUAAGCUAAACUGGGAAUACAGGAAAGUCAAGUUCAAAGCUCCCUCAAUGAUGCUUGGACCAGGCUGGCUCAGAGCUUACCUCCUGACUCUUUGAGGGAAGACAUCUGCUCUCUGUUCUCAAUGCCUCCCUUCUGUCACUUGGCUUCAAAUGAUUUUUAAAGACUCUGUUUAAUUUUUCUUAUCUCCUUUGGUGCCAUGAGAUCCCUACAUGACCAAAACUUGUGAGUUUUGCUAUUAGCAGAAGUGGAGGAGGGGGGAGCAGAGAAAAAAAAAAAAAAAAGCAAUCAACAUAUGUUAAAUGCUCUUUUAUCGUGAAGAAGUGAAUUAAACUUUUCAGACAGUAAUAAUUACUUCAGAUACUCAUACCACGACCUGCUUUAAACCAACACCACCUGAACAUUCUUAGAUCUAAGGAAAAAGUACAUCUCAGUUAUGAGGAAAGAGCAACUUUAACGAUGUAUUAAUGUCACUAGCUUUCUUGCCAUACUAUCCUUUGGGAUAUGAGUUUGCAUCCUUCUGAAAUGAAGACGCAGUGCUUCAUUUUCAGUGGUUUGUUAUUAGUUUCUUCUCUUGGUGAAGAAGGUUGUCUUUGCUGUACAUGUCUGUGCCAUUUUCUGUCCGUUUAAUUCUACAAGCUGACAAGCAACAGGAACAGAAUUCCUGGUGUGGCUACUGAGUACAGAAUACAGAUUAUACCACACUGUGCUUAGUCAAAAACAUAUUCCCUUCUGCCAACAACUGAAAUAGCUUUAUCACAUGAUCCAUACUCUAGAGACUUGUCCAGUUAAUUGUAAAGAGUCACGUACAAAUAGUCAGACUUUCAUCUCUUUCUUAUAUUAUAUGCCAAAUAAAGAAUGUACCAUAUAUAAAAUAUAUAGAAAGAAAAUUAUUUUUAGAAUUAUUUAAUCUUCCCAGAGGCACCAAAAUACCAAACCUUGGUUUUACGCUGCCAUCACGAGCAUGCUAUUAUACUCCCACCUGGAUUCACCUACCAAAACAUAGUAAGAUUAUGUUGAAUGAAUUAGAAGGAUAUUUUAGGCAUACUCAGCUUCCUAACCCUGUUCCUGCUCUCCUCUCGGGCAGCAUUAUGCAAGCUAGAAGAUACAGAACAAACUCUGCAUUUGGGUGCUGUUCUCACUCUCUGUGGUCACACACCACUCUAGUAUCUUCCCAGUGAUCACUAGAUUUGGUAGCUUUGAGUUUCUUUCUGUAGGUAUUUAUCACUAGAUCUAUAAGAAGUAAGAAUUCUCAGAAGCAGUAGCUUCCGAGCUGAAUCCAGCCUCGAGUUUACCUCUGGACCUUACCUCUGAUAUUUUUUCUUCUGUUUUCUUCUUUUUUACCUCUAUAUGUUCAAUUCAGCUCAUUUUUUAAGUUUAUGUAGUACUUCUUUUUAAAGAGACCACUUACAAGGAUGGGGCUUUUUAUUCAUAAAACGAUUGAAUUGUUUUCUUUUCCCUGUGUUCUCCCCCACCCACCCCCAUUUUACAUAAUCCAAUUCCAAAGUCCCAAGUGAUGCUGGCCACGUUCGUUAAGCACUGCCCCCAAAUUUCUUUCCUUAUUCUUCCUUUUCCUCCAAUGGAAUCAAUACUUCAGAGCAAACCAAUUAUUGUCCCAUUUCUUUAAAAGACUGUGUGACAAAGCAGUUGUUUUUAUUUAAAUAGGGCUUUAAACCCAAAGAACAAUCUUCUAAUUAUAAAGGCAGUCAUAUCUUCUGGUCCAGCUGAUGGCCAGUAGCCAUUUAAACCCUGUUAUUAAAUAUAUUUCAAUAAUAAAGGAGUUUAAAAGGCUACUGUUUUCAUUCUGUAAUUACAGGAAAGUCCAAACAGUGAAAAUAUGGUGAGUGUUUCAAAAAAAAACCAUCCCACCAACUUUAUAGCUAAUCCUAUUUUUAUUGUUUCCAUAACUACAGGGGAAUCUUUUCAUUGUUAUAAAGCUUUUUUUUUUUUUUUUUUCCAAUAAAUACAGCUGCUUCAGUCACAGGUUUGGCACCGCUCAAAAGCUUCUUAGCAUAGAUAUAAUUACCAAGUUUUGAAACUCCUAGGGGCUUUUUACUGGGGAGUUUUAACUGCUUGUCACAUUAUAUAUUGCUUGGUUUGCUCAUGUUUGCAAAUGGUAACAGCCUGCAUCCAUGUUCGCUUGUGAAACACCCCACCACCACCCGGGUAGCAAAACCCAUGCAGGAAAAGUGGUUUCAUCACCACUCUGCUCUGAAAUAAGGGCAAAACUAUCUUAACAUGGGAGUGGAAACAGCUUUACCCAGCACAGAAGAGUUUGAUUGUAUUUUAAAUACCAGCUCCCGAGGCAAAGACCCACUACAUUAUUUUUGCUACUGUUUAGUUUAACACUUAUAGCUCAGGACUCCGCCGCACUUUUACCAUCUUGUUCUAAGGUUUUACAGACAAAAUGUGCAAUCUACACAGAAGACAAUUGGCAAAUCAGAGAUAGCAGGAAUAGCCCUAAUGAGAUGAUGCAUGAUUGCACAACUGGGCUUUAAGUUCAAGAUGUCGCCCAGAGGAAGUCUCCACAAAAUAAUAUGACCUACUUCUGUCCCAGAAAUGGAGAACAUGUCCUCAGUUCUCCACAGAAUAAGAUGCUCAACUACCUCAUGCCUCCUGGACGAUAAAUGAUGCCAUUAGACACAAAUUAAUGCCCUUUCAAGUAAUAAAAACCCUUGUGAAGACAAGAUUUUAUUUCCAUAGACGGUAAUAAAAAAGCCACAGCUCCGGCACCCAGCUCCUUUUAGGCUCCCACUUUAAGCUCCCUAAUGCAUUUUCAGUAUGGAAAAUAGCAAAUGCCACUAAGAUCCUCAUCUCCCUUCUGUUCAACCACUGCAGAUAAAAAGAUUACUCAGUCAGAAUCUUAUCACCCAGGGGGUUUCUUACCUGCAAGUCUUCCUCUGUCUUGAAUUUUCAGCCAAGAAGCAGCUUCCCAUUUCCCUCACCUACAACUGCUGGGGGAGCAGAGCCACUCUGGGGACUGGUGCUCUCCCAGAUACCCCCUGCGAUGACAAGUAUAUGCUGACGGAGUAGGCAGCCCACUUCCAAAACAAACAAACAAAAUUUGGUUGCAAGCUUAUCCGAGAUGCAGCAUCAUUAGCCUGCUAAUUCAGUUGGCUGUUUCAUAGCAAGCCAGUGGGGAAAAUUGGGUGAAGCGAUUAAGUUGCUUAUUUCACAGGUCUAGAAAAACAUGGUCUUGAAAACCUUUUUUUAAUCUGCUGAAGGAAGCAGCUGUCAUACGUUAGCAUCUCCCUUCCAGCCACCCCUACCUUCUUCUCUGUCACUGAAGACCACCUGCCUGUGACCCACGUUGUUUCAUCAAGCCACAGAAAGUUAACACCAAAGAGAGGCUCUCCAUUUUCCUUUGUACUCCCUCCGUACACACUGCAGGAACAUUUUUCAACAGUUAUUGUUCUAUGGCUACAUUACUGAAACUCCAGAGAUUUACAUUUCUACUGGGAAGACUAUGGGUCCUUCAUGGGCAGCUGCCCAAAAAGCACUAGUUGCAUUUAGUGUUUGGCCUCUAUUUGAGCCAAACCUUUUCUGUCAGUCUUUCUUGUGCUCUGUCAUGUCCCGAGGCACAUACCCUGGCAACACUUGAAACAUAUCUUACCCUAGUGAAGGAAAUCCAGGAUCAAACGUGAUAUUUUUAAAUAUAGAACAUAGGAGGAGAAAUACGUGUCUGUUACUGUUGUACAUGUUCUCUAACUGCACGUGCAAUGUAUGUUGUAUGUAAUUUUCCCAGAGGAAGUUCCCUAUAAUUGGCCAUUUCUUCUCAGCAAAAUGCCUUUUAAAUGCUAUUACUAAAAACGUCAAGCCCAAACAUCUUGUGUAUACAACCACUCUCUACUCUAUUGUUUUGGCAUGAAUCGAGUUUAUUUUGUACUGCUAGGUUGUAGGAGGAGGGCACGUAGAAAGUUAUUUUUCUUUUCAUGUCUAUUUUACAGUUCUUGUGAUUCAUACAGCAAUCAUUAACAGGUAUUUGUUUUUGUGGGAGCAGGUAGCUGUCAUUCGCAUCCUGGACUGAUUUCACUGAGCUUCGCCAGUCACUGGCAAGCAUCAAUCUCUUUCCUAAGAUUCAGAUUUAAACCUUCGAUCAGCGUUCUUGAAAGAGGUGAGACUCACAAAUGGCUUAUUUGCUUCACCCAGUUAGAACUUUUUAAAAUGGGCCUGAGGUACUCAGGCAUAGGACAGUUAUCACAGCUCAGUAAGUGACAGCAUAGAUUAGGUUACCUGCAGGAAUUAUAUGUGUGUACUGAGCCUCUCAGAGCAGUAAAAUGUUUAUUCUAACAGUCUUCUCAGGGCUGACAUGGGUCAGCCACUGUGCAAGAACUUGAUCUCCCUAAAUUAAAGGCCAACAUGAUGGUUCAGACUAGAAGUUCGACAAACAAGCUUGGCUGUAGUACUGGGAGAUAGAUCUUCUAUAAAAAAAUUUGGAAGCUUUCCUCAGAAGAAAAAUGCUUUUUCAGUCUGCCCUCCUCAGACUCACACCCAUGUUCCUGUUGGGGACUGUGGCCUGACCUAGCAAAGCAGUGGCACGUUAAGCUCUUAGAUGAAGCUAAACAAUUUGGAAUACACUGCAGAAGUCCAACAGAAUCUUGAUGUAACCUUACUAGGUUCAUAUCUAAAUACAAGCUGAGAGCUCACAUACAAGCAUAUGAACUAUAUUAAGCAAAUCUGGCCACAGCUCACUGCACAGGAUUGAAUUAGUGAGCUGCUUGGACGCAUGAAUUGUUACAGACCUUCCUUUACCAAACUGAGAGUGGUUGGUACAUGAGAACAGCGUGAAAUUGUUUGUAUAUGCUCUGUCUCAGAAGACCAGCCAGCACAUGCUAGCUUCCUUUAGGAAAAGGUUACACCCGUACAGGACAUAGCAAAGCAGUCAAGAAUUACUUUUUUUCAGAAAGUACUUGACAUCAGUUAAGCAGUCAGUGACCUUGCAUCACUGAGUUUCAGAGAGGAUCAGAUGAAGGAAAUUGUUGGAGCUCAAGGGUCCUUUUGAGCGUUUCUGUGCUAUGGAAAAUAGCUUUUUGUUCAGCUAUUUCAGUCCUUGUAACACAGACUUCGAUGGGAACAAUUCUCCAAGCACCUGCUCCCCUCUAAUUAAUACUCUUGAAUUCAUACUCGUGAAGGACAGUUUUUGCUGGCUAUCACCCAAGAGCACUCAGUGAGCACACACAUGUUCUUUAGCUGUGAUUAAAAGUACAAUUGCUCAUUUUUGCCUGCUUAAGCUUACCUGGGGAAUGAUAAGACCUGUGCACCAUGCCACGUAUAGAGAAGAUUUUCUUAAGACACAAUAUUUCAGAUAUUUUGCAUGUUGUUCCAAAUAAGAGAUGUAUCUACCUAGGCCCAAGAUCCUUAGCUGGUAAUUGGUAAAGCAGUACUGUUCACUGCCUGAGAACUAAUUUAGAUGCAUCUACAUGCAUCGAGUAUUGACUGCUACAGAGAACUAGAUGGCAGAUAAAGACAUGUCAGCCAGCAGAAGAAUGUAACCAGCUGCAUUCAAUGACAGAAUUUCAUCAGUUUUUCCUUUGCCAUCUAACAACUGAAUAUAUUUAGAGAGUUUUCAACCACUGUAUGACUGCCCUAGUGGAAGCACAUAGAAAUUGAAGUCUGAGUAACAGAAGUCCCAAGUACUGGGUAAAGUUGUCCUCCUUAGAGAGACGUGGAGAUACCUGGAUGCUAGCUUUCUGGAUGCUUUUGGGGAGGGAUGGGGUCAGGGGAAAGGAGAAACAGGCAGGGCAGGCUCAAGUAACAGUCCAGCCUUCGUGUCAAGGCCCCAUUACCCCAGCGGGCCUUCCUGUGCCUCAGCACCAACAGCAAGCCUGGGCUGCCCAGGUGCUUUGCUCUCAUUCUUUCUAAAGGUGUUUCUUUAUCUGCCAUGCUGACCAAAAGUUGCUUAGUUUCCUUAACGAGGGUACAGAAUAAUUUCAGCGAACAAAGAAAAUCACUAAGCCUUAAACCGGCUCUCUUAAAGGUGUCAUGGUUUCUUGGUCACCACCAAGAGGCCUCAGAGUUGCAGGUGACCUGCAUUUGCAAUGAGUUACAGCGCACUCUGAGCCUACCUGAAAGAUGUAGCCUUCAUGUGCUAUGGAUAGUGUCACUUGUAAAGGGAGAGUCUCCAAAUAGUACAUUUUGAAACUAUCUCCUAAAAGGCCUGAUCAAGAUUUGCCUUACAGAUAAAAGCUUUAUAGUGAGUGUUUACUUGGUUUACACCAAUGUUUUACUUAAUUUGUAAUGCCUUUUUAUAGCAGUGACUAGACAUUACCUUAGAUAAGGGUAUCUCUGUAUAGGAAAUAUUUUAAUAUUUUUACCAGUUCUUUUUAAUUUUCAUAGAAUGUAAGUGUAUAUUGUAAGGCGACAAACUCAACUUUGCUGUAACAAGGUUAUCACACAGGACCUAUUUCUCCAUUAUAAGAUUUUGUAGUCAGCCAGUCUAGUUCCAUAGCACGUUGGCCUUUUGAGUAUAAAUGUAAACACGCGAUCAAGGAGAAUAAAACAUUAUCUACAGCUAAUGCACAUUGUAGCACAAUAUUCUCCAUUGCUGCCUUAAUAUCAUAUGAACAAGUCGUAUGGUUUUUAAUUUAUAUUGUAAAAGAAACAGAGCAUCCUUUGGCUGCAAUUUUGUGUUCUUAGACAACUCGACAUUAAACCAGGUUAGUGUCCAACAGGUCAACUUCCAAAGCAAGAGAUCAUAUUGCAGUUUUCAGGAAUAAGUUUACGCAGGAGUUCAGAACUUGCCACUAGUAAAAAUACUCUCCAAAGUGCCCCAGUGACCAAGUGUCCAAACACAGCCAUGACAUUUCCACAGCCGACUCCAUUAACUGUGCAAUCUGCAGGUCCGUUCACCUCUUUUUUUUUCUCCCUAUAUGUCUUUGGUUAUCUGGGGAAAUGGCAUUUCAAUUUUAUUUUAUAUUUUUUUGAAAGGGAGACACCUACAUGCCCAUGUGUAAUUAGAAACAACUACAAUUCUUAUAAAUAUGGAUAUGGAUGUGUGUGAUGUGUGCUGGUUACCUAUACUUAAAAUGCUGAUAAAGAUGGUGAAUGUAAAGUAUUUGUCCUCAUUCUUCUGUCUGUCUGUGAUCAGUGUAAAUAAGAACUGUUUUAAGCUGUGCAUUAAUGUAACAGAUUAUUCCAAUAUUGUGUAUAAAAUUAUUUAAAUAAAUAAAAUCUGAGAAAUAUGCACAUAAAAAA